AUGGGUUUUGACAGGCGCGAGAUUACUACAUGCGAGCGUCUUGUUGGUACAGGGCUCUACUGCUGGCCAUGUUUGGUACGCAUGUCGAUAUUCCAGAUUACAGAUGCUGCGAGUGCGCUCUAUGAGACAUGCUCUAUCAAAGCAGCACCAAAAGGUCCCUUGAUCCAGAUAACAGUACUGCCUGAAGCGCAUUGA